AUGGAGCAAGCAGGGAAAAAAAGUAAAUGGUGGUCGCAAGAAGAGAAGGAAGUGUUGGUGGAAGGCGUUGAAAAAAAUAUUCGUGUCAUCAACAGUAAAUUUUCGGAUACGGUCACGAAUGUAAAGAAGAAGAAGUGUUGGGCAGAUAUUACUAAGAAUGUAAGCGCUUGUGGCGUGUGCCUUCGAUCAGCGGAUAUUGCAAAGAAAAAAUGGGAGGACCUCAAGUCGCGAACGAAAGCCAAAUCUGCGGCCAUCAACCGAGAGGAGAACGUGACCGGGGGAGGCAAAAAGAUCAAAAUAGAUUUGACGCAGUUUGAGAGGCGGAUUUUAGCUCUUAUUGGUGAAACAGCCAUCAAGGGACUGCAAGGAGCCAUUGACACGACCGAAUCGUCCCCAUGCUCGGCGGAUGUAGAACCAACCAAGUCGGAGCAUGAUGACAACGAGUAUGACAUCACGUAUGACGACGCAUUCGACAUGUAUGAAGAGGAAGCAUCUGACGUUGACAGCGAAUACUGCGUCAGUACAAACCGGACUGAAAACAACAACUCAACUACCCCAGCAGAAACUCCUGCAGCAUUUGGAAUGAAUAGGAGGUCAAUGCCAGCAGUAGUUGGAAGGUCCACCUCUGUCACUCCUGCAGAAAUUGGAAACCGUAGGUCAACGCCAGCAGUAGUUGGAAGGUCAACUUCUCCCGCCGCCAUCGGAAAUCCAAGAUCAAACUCGGCUAUGAUUCCAGCAGGUAAUGAAGCAGUUCAGAACAGAAACGAAAUAUUGAAGAUUGAGGAAGAGAGGCUAGUUAUCGAAAAAACUAGACUUGAAAUUGAAGAAAAACGGUACAAAGUUGAGGAAGAUAAUAAUCGUCUUUUACGAGAACUCGUGGUAAUCCAAAGGCAGGGAGCCCAAUAUCCGACACCAAGUAAGACCACUCCAACUCCAAGUUCCGGCACUUACAUUCUAUCUAAUGCACGAAAUAUCUUUGAAACGCUUCGUGAAAAAAAAACUAAACUAAAAAGACAGCAAACUUUGUAG